CCAUGUUUCGUCUUCGUCGGCCGCUCCAAUCCGCGCCCCGCCGUUGGUACUCGGAGACGCACAAGGUCAACGACCGCGUCGUCGUGCUCUCCAACGACGCGACGUCGCACCAGACACCCGUGCUCCUCGGGCUCAUGAACACACUCGCAAUCAAAUACCACUCGGUGGGCUAUUUCCGCCCGAUUGCGCCGCCGGUGGGAUCGGACCACCACGUCGAACUCUUCAAGUCGGAGCUCAAGCUGCCCGAAACGUACGAACAGCUCGUGGGGCUGCACCACGACGACGUUGUGAACGCGCGCUUGAGCGGCGACCUCGACGUCGUCACCGAUACGAUCGUGGCCAAAUUUGAAGCCCUGCGCGCCAAGCACGACUUUGUCGUGAUCGAAGGCGCGACCUUCGAGUCGGCGCCCGACCUCGCUUGGGACAUCAACGUCGAGCUCGCCAAGACGCUCGGUGCGCCGGUCCUCCUCACCAACGACUUUGGCGACGUGCCCGAGGUGCAGCGCAUUGAAGAUGCGAUUGCGACGCGGGUGCUUCUCGGGAAAGACGCGGUCGACGCGGCGGGCCUCACGUACAUUGGGUCGAUCGCGAAUCGCGUGCGCAGCUCGACGCCGCUCGAGACGCGCCAGCGGGUGCACGAUCUCCUGCGGGAGAAGGGCGCGGCCGACCCGACGAUCUUCCUCGGGGCGCUGCCGCUCGACAGCAUCCUCGCGUCCAAGCGCUUGAACGAGGUCGUCGCGCAGCUGCAGGCGACGCAGCUCUAUGGCCCGGCGUCGCCCAACAGUGUCGUCGUCACCGAAGGUCUCAUUGGCACAAGCGACCUCAAGGAGCUUUUCGGCCAUCUCAAGGCCCACGACGACGGUCUUCUCGUGAUCACGUCGGCGGAUCGCACGGAUGUCGUUCUGGGUCUUUUGGCAAGUCGUGCGUCUGGCGCCCUUCCCAACGUCGCCGGCGUCGUUUUGACCAAUGGCGCGUACCCGCAAGACCACGUCAAGAACAUCCUGGAUGGCAUGGCCAAGAUCGACAAUGCGACGAUCCCGAUCUACACGGUCGAAGGCGACGCGUACAAGACGGCGAACGCGCUGAGCCGCGUCACGUGCGACAUCCUGCCCACGAGCCAAACCAAGAUCCAGCAGUCCAACAUUCUCUUUGACAAAUUCGUGUCGCGGAGUGCGCUCAUGGACACGGUGUGCCAAGCUGUCAAGAGCACGAAGCGGACGCCCAAGCAGUUCAAGCACUUUCUCUUUUCCAAGGCGCGCAAGGUCCAGCAGCACAUUGUGCUCACCGAAGGCGAAGACGACCGCAUUCUCCAGGCCGCCGACGAGGUCCUUCGGCGCGACAUUGCCAAGCUCACGAUCCUCGGCGACGUCGAAUCGAUCGCGGCACGCGCCAAGACGCUCCGACUCGACUUGUCGGCGGCAUCCAUCGUGGACCCGUCCAAGUCUGCCGACCUCGAUCUCCUCGCCGCGCGCUUCUACGAGAAGCGCAAGGUCAAGGGCGUCUCCCUCGAAUUCGCCCGCGAGUCGGCUGCGGAAGCGACGUGCUAUGGUACGCUCAUGGUCGAGAUGGGUCUCGCCGACGGCAUGGUCUCGGGUGCAUGCCACACGACGGCCAACACGGUGCGCCCGGCGCUCCAGCUCAUCAAGACGCGCCCCGACCGCCCGUUGGUCUCGAGCGUCUUUUUCAUGUGCCUCGAAGACGAUGUGGUCGUAUACGGUGACUGCGCGAUCAACACGGACCCGACGGCUGAGGACCUGGCCAACAUCGCGGUACAGAGUGCUGAAUCGGCGAUUGCGUUCGGCAUGGAGCCCCGCGUCGCGCUGCUCUCGUACGCAACCGGCGACUCGAACAAGGGUCCGAUCAUCGACAAGGUGCGGGAAGCCACCAAGCUCGCGCAAAAGAUGGCGCCCGAGAUUCCCAUGUACGGCCCGAUCCAGUACGACGCGGCCAUGAACCCGCUCAUCGCCAAGCAAAAGGUCAAGGGUCUCAAGAAGACCGAGAUGGAGGUCGCGGGCAACGCCAACGUACUCAUCUUCCCGGACCUCAACACGGGCAACAACACGUACAAGGCGGUGCAGCAGUCGACCAACUGCCUCGCGAUGGGUCCGAUGCUGCAGGGCCUCAACAAACCCGUCAACGACCUCAGCCGCGGCGCCACGGUCGGCGACAUUGUCACCACGAUCGCCAUCACGGCGAUCCAGGCCGAUCAGAUGCGCACGGCGGCAUCACUCUAA